AGCCUGACUAAAUGGUCACGGUUAACCAAUAAGAAAAAAGGGAAGUAUUGUAUUUACUAAUCAUAUGAGAGAGAGCCUUAGUAAAAGAUGUAUGGUUGGCUGUAUCAUAUUCCCGGACAUAGCAUUGAAUCGUGGCUAUGCCAUUUGGAUAUCUUCUCAAGGAUUUAUGACGGUUCUCCUUUGUCAUAAGUACAAUAGAAUCCCAAGGGUGAGAGGAGUGAUGGGGAACAAGUUGGAUAACCACAACAUGAUGGGAAUGCAAUGAGAAAAAUUGAUUCCUCACACAAGAACAACUGAGGGGAUUGAACAAACAGAAGGAAUCAUUCAAGCUCUAGUUUCAUGGUCUGCUUCAUGUGACCACCAUUCUUCUUGUGGGUGCCAUAUGCAUCAACAAGGUGCUCCUGAGUGGAGUUUUAUUGAAUUCACAGGUGCUAUUGCACACGUAC